AUGUGUAGCCUGCGGUCUCUGCUGCGCCGCUGUUGGCUGCCGUCCCUGCUGCUGCCGGCGCUCCUGGGCCCCCGCCUCGCCGCCGGGGUGGCCCUGCAGCCCAUGCACUGCGCCCCGUGCACCCAGGAGAAGCUCGCCCUCUGCCCGUCCGUCGCGCCCGGCUGCCCGGAGACGGCCCGGCAGCCCGGCUGCGGCUGCUGCCAGACCUGCGCCCUCGGGCCGGGCCAGCCGUGCGGGGUCUACACGGCCCGCUGCCGCCAGGGGCUCCGCUGCCACGUCCCCGCGGGAGAGCCCCGGCCCCUCUCCGCCCUCAUCCAGGGGCAAGGGACGUGCCUGCCCGCCAGCGAGGCCGGAGGGAUGCGCACGGCGGAGCCGGCAGACUCUAUCGAACCUGAAGAUAUGCCUUUGGAAAGCACUGAAAUGACACAGGAUCAGCUGCUGAACUAUCAGUUGAUGUUUCCCAUAGGCCAGGACAAAUCCAUCCCCUGGAAUGCCAUCACUGCAUAUGAAAACAUGAAAGCAAAGAGACUAUCUGAACUCAAGAAAUGGAAAGAGCAGGGACCUUGUCAGAAGGAGCUCUACAGAGCCCUGUAUAAAUUGGCGAAGGCUCAGCAGAGAAGUGGAGGGGAGAUUUACAAAUUCUACUUGCCCAACUGCAACAAGAAUGGAUUUUACCACAGCAAACAGUGCGAAACUUCACUGGAUGGAGAGUCUGCUGGAUGCUGGUGUGUCUAUCCAAAAAAUGGAAGAAGAAUUCCUGGAUCUCCAGAAAUGAAAGGAGACCCUGAAUGCCAACAGUAUCUCGACUCACAAGAAUAAAACUAAACACAUUCAUUCACACCAAGUUUUCUGUGGGGCCUGAUCUAGUCAGGAGACAUUUCAGUAAGGUAGUUUUGUGCACCUGAUUUUCAGCAUAUGAGUAACCCCAUAAAGUAGGUUUUUUACUGCACUGAGAUUACUUAGAUGCUCAAGUGACAGAUAUGAGCAACUGCAAGAUCAAGUCCUACAAUCUUGUAUAUUUCAUUUGUAUAAUAUUAUAGAUACCCUCAUAUGUAAAGCUGUUGAAUUAUUUAUUUCACAGUACGUGUAUUUUUGUCUGUCUGUGCUGUUACUAAUUUAUAUCCUCAAACACUUCAUAACUUUAUAUGUAAAUACUUAAUAUUAUUGCUCUUAAAUGUAUGCAUCUUAUGUUGGAGGAAUGUUGCUACUUAAAACUUCAAAUGGCAUAACUCUAUUGGGAAAAAUGGCUUGUAAACUUGCAUUUUUGUACUAUGUAUUUAUAGACUUAAAACUGAAUUUAAAAAAAAUAGCUUUCAGUAGAGAACAUGCUUAGAAACUUAUUUAAAACCUGUUUUGUUUAUAUAUCAUGUUGCUUUUGCACCUCUGUUUCAAUGUCAAGCUGUUUCUUAAAAAAGAAAGUCUAAACCUUGAUUAUAUACUGAGGCUCCUGAUCGGACAGUAUUUGUUUCUAUUUUCCAAACAUAUUCACCGGAUAAAUGGCAAAACACAACCGGAUAUUCUGUGCCACCUUUGACAGGUAUAAGUUGUUCACAUGUUGACAUUGUCAUGUUAUUUAAGAUGAGCUAUUAAAUAAUGUCUUCUACACUG